AUGUCCGCCAGUCAACUGGCGAGGCAGAAGUCACUCUCAUCGAGUUCGAGAUCUAUACAGCCUUCCCAACAGAAGGGCAAGGGCCCAAUUGUCACACCGCCAUUUGAGCCAUGCGCUGCCACGGCCUCCUUGUUCCUCUAUGCCCAGGGUACUUCGAUCCUGUGCCUCCAUCACGAUACGCUGGCGCUUGAAAGAAGAUUUGAAAAGCAUGCCGAUAACAUACAACUUAUCUGCGUCGACAAUGUGAGCGAAAGAGGUGCAGGACGACUCGUGGUGAGCUAUGAUGUUGGACAGACAGCCAUUGUGUGGGAUUUGUUCAGUGGUCAGGAAAUUGCUCGCUUUGCCUCAUUCGAGCAUAUCACGGUUGCUGCAUGGAUGCGCAAUGGGAAUGUGGCGUUUGGAAACAGCAAGGGAGAAGUCAUCCUCUUCGAGCCUUCGACUUCGGAGCAUAUAUCGGCCAGAACAAUAUAUGACCCAAUCACGGCACUGGCGCCAUCUGCCGACUGCAAAGCAUAUGCCAUUGGAUACAACAACGGUUCGAUUCUUUUGGCAACGCUACAACCUACAUUCACUAUCCUGCAUACGCUGACGACACAGCGGGCGCCCUCGCCGAUCGCUGCACUUGCCUGGCAUGCUUCGUCCUCCAAGCAAAAGUCAGACAUGUUGGCUACGCAUACGUCGGAUGGAGACCUGCGCGUGUGGAGUGUGUCCAAGCCGCCGACUGGAGAUGCCCCUCGAGUAAUUCGAACACUAAGCAAGUCUGAGAACUUUUCACCAGGCCGCAACUGGAUUUCCUGGUCCAAGAACGGGCGCAUUGUUCAGUACUCAGAGCGACAGACAUGGUCAUGGGACGUACGGACAAAGCACGUCACCUACGAAAUCGUGCCUACGGUAGACGAUGUCAGAGGCUUGUCAGGAUACGGGCCUACAGCUACCCUGUUCACUCUUGGUCCCAACCAUACCGUACAACAAUAUGAUCUAGAUCGGCCUCAGAUGGUUGCCCACGUCCAACAUCCUCCCAUGGCGGUGCCACCCACGCCACCGGAGGAAUAUAACCGACAACUAGGCUUAUCAGCGUCCGAGAGCGAAGAAGACGUCAGCUCGCCCAUCACAAGGGCGAACCGCCAAGUAACGGCAUUGGAAGCAGCCCGUAUUGAAAGGGCCCAGACCGGAAGUCCUCGCUCCACCCGCAGCCGCACAGAGUCCCGAAGCUCCCAAGCCUCAAGCACACAAGAACGACAUGAGAAAAGCGCUGCGUUGGGACGCACCGAUAACAACAGCACAGUCUUCUCGUUUGGCACACAAUCGCAAAUCGCGAGAGACCCACCACCUACUAGCAGCUCGAUGACUUACCCCUCGUCAAUGCAAUCACCAGCUUCGAUCAAAUCAGCUAGGAAAGGUUCAAGGCUGAAGCAAGAGGUACUUCCUAGUCCAGAAGAAAGACCUAUCAAGGAGUUGUUCCCGUAUACCCGCUCUCGGCUGAGCGACAUUCCUUACAAACCUCCUCGGGCGUUUGACGAAUUAAGUCUCACACCAGACGACCUUCGGCGCCAGAUGUUGAGUACCGUAUUUGGGUGGGAGGAGGACAUCGAAGAUCUUAUUCGUGAUGAACUAAGCCGACAUCCAGUCGGCAGCCAAAGUGCUGUCCUUCUUUCCAAAUGGCUCGAUGACGAUCCCGACCAUAUGGCUUCCAUGAUGGGCGCUGGUGGCGCCACCUCAAGUCUGGACUGGAUGAUGCUUGCUUUGAGUGGGCUAGGCAACCAGGUUCAAUCCAAGAAGAUAGGUGAAGCAUUUGUGGAAAAAAUGCUGGCCAAAGGCGAUAUCCACGCUGCAGCAACAAUCCUCCUCAGCCUUGGCGACUACAAUGAUGCAAUUGAGGUCUAUGUAACAAGACGCCACUACAUGGAGGCGAUCCUCUUGGCUUGUCUGUUGAUGCCUCAGAAUUGGCAGAGACAGUCGUACCUCGUUCGUGAAUGGGGUAAGCAUGUGGUGGAGAACUCGGAGCAACACUUGGCAAUCAGAUGCUUCUCCUGUACCGCUGUUGAGCCAUCCGAGCCGUGGACUUCUCCCACUGCCCAAAUGGCAGCCAAAUUCACCGAACAAGCUUAUACCAGUCAAUACUCAGAGCCUGGACAAGCUUCUGGCGCACGUCGUGACUUCCUCAAUGCGCCCACCCCUGUCGCCAUGGGACCUCCUCAAGCUCCUGUGAAGUCUUCACUUCCUGGCCGGCUGACAGCCAAGACCCAGGCUCUGAAGCUGAUCACCUCCUUCGGUCCACACAGCCAAGGGCACUAUAAAUUCCCAGGUCUGAAAUCUGAUGAUCGAACCCCAACCAACGCUCCUGGGAUCACACCAAUUGCAGAGUCGGCCAUCGGCGAAUCUGCGAUGACUCCAGGAGGCCUCGGCUCCUAUCGUUUGAACAAUGUUCGCAGCAUCAACAGCGCGCUCUCUGCACGCACUGCAACACCUGGAGGAUAUUCUCGACAGCGACUGCCGUCUAUUGGCGAGACUCCGAUUGACAUUCAUCCUCCUGCAUUUCCCGUAUCCAGCGCACCGAAACCCCUGCCGACCCCUGUGGACUCGGGCUCUGAUAAGGAGAAAGAGUCAGCCCUGGCUCAGAAUGAGGUUCAGCCGGGCUCUAAACCUGCAACAGAUCUACCACUCCUGCUGACAUCAGCAAGAUAUGAGCCGAAGCACCAGACUCCAUCCAAAGAAACUCCGCUCACCGCCGUAGGUCCCACGACCGCGAUCGAAUUGCAACCCGUUCACGGGCCGCCGUCUCCAUCUCAGGGCAUUUUUGAUUCAUUAAAGAAAGACUCGCGUACUCGAAAUGGUUCACGAGACCGGAAGCCGGAUGGGCUGUCGAUACAGUGGCCGCCUGUUGAAGUGACGAUGAAUGAAGCCGAGACAGACCUGUUGGCAACCUUGGCCGCAGAGAUGCCGAGAUCGGACACUACAGGCACUUACAUAGACACUCACAGCGAUCUGGCAAGCCCGCCAACCACGGGCGAUAGCUUUCGAACGUUGAAAAGCCCAAGCGUCAGUGGACGGAGCAUUGAUCAAUACAUCAGCAGCCUCGAAGAAGCACACUAUUACACCAAGCACCAGCAAAGCUACCGCACCGGUAGUCGAGAUCGUAGCCAUGGGCAGGCUGGGGAGAGGAAAAGAAGCAAGCACCGCCUCCGAGCACCCUCAGAGGAAGAUCGUGGAAGAGGUCGAAUGAUUCCGCCCGCCAAAAGGUCGCCCUCCUCUCCUGUCUCAAUGUCUCCUGACGAGCUGAACUUGUACAACGCCAGUGUGGAAAGUUUUGAUUCGGUCCUGCAGUCUAGGUCAGAAGCCGGGUCGGUCAAGCCCGAGCGCAACCGGGGCAAGUCUUCCAACGGGAAAUUGCGCUCUGGUUCCAAGACCGGUGAUCGUCAUCGACAUCGAUCGGCCUCUCGUCACAAGGAAGGCCACAAGAGCCGACACUCGAGUAGAACAGUGAGCCGCCGCCAUAGUCCUGACCCAGCCCAUGAACAUCGUGGCCGCACAAGGAGUAAAUCUAAGCGAGACCAAGCUGGCUUGGACUCACCUACAUCUCCUCUACCUAUGUCGCCUUCUGGUUCCGACCGACCAAAGCAUUCUGAUGCUGAACAAGUCCUUCGCUUCGUUGCAAGCGAUAGACAACGGCUGCAUGCUCAACAUCGGAGCACAAGCCGAAGCCUGAGCCGGAGACCUGACCGCGGCUCCAGUGCUAGACGUGAUGCAUCUCCGGACCGCAGAAAGGCAUCCAGGACAAGAUCUAGCAGUCGUCAACCUCAUGAACGUGAGCCUGGGAUGACCAGAAAAGGCAGCCUUUCCCAUCGGAAUGAGGCUGGCAUCCAUAGUCGACACCGAGACCCAUCUGCCGAUCGGCGACACCACGAAGCCCUGCCAGUGGCCCCUAUGCUCUUAGGCCGUUCAGCUCAACUAUCGGAGCUCAACUUGGAAGCGAGUGCAAACAGUAAUCCACAAUUCGUAGCGGAUAAAAGGAGGAAAGAGUUAGCGGCGGCUGAGCUUGAGGCACGUCGGUUGUCUUUGGCAAGAAGACCAUCAGCUCCGCCUAUUCCUUUUCCUGGUCAGAACAUGUCGCCCAAUCACUCCAAAUCUCGCUCUAUGGGUGGCGCACCCGCGCUGAUGCGGUUCCACACCGACAACAGUGCUACUGUACAGCUGCACAACUUGGCUGGGAGAAUUCACGCGAAGCAUUCUCCCAAUGAUCCUUUCAGCGCUGACGCGCAUUCGCCGUCAAAGUCCUCGCUCAUGCCUCGCAUGGGUCUUCCAGCAACUCCACGAGCAAUGCGGUAUCCCGCAUUAAGCCCGUCCUCUGGUGAGGAUACCAUUUCAAACAUGCAUCAGAAUCCGACGGUGCUCUCCAAUGAUGCCUAUCAAGCCGACAUGCUUCCAGACUUCCCACGAUCUAUGUCAGCUCCGAUUCCAGACUAUGGCUCCCCUCCCAUUCCUUCCGACUUGCCUUCCCAUCCAGCAUUUGACAGACGCCUUCCAACCAGCAGAUCAAGCAGCAAGAAUAGGGAGAUUGCCUUUUCGCCGCCCGGCGCAAGACAGCCUGAUUCUUCCAAAGAACGAUUACGAGUCUCUCCUCGUGAAGCUCUUUCCAACGGGAGAACAAUCACAACCAACGUUGAGGUCCCACCCAUGCUUCCAGAAUUACAACACCUGGCCACUCCGCCUCCUCCACCGCCACCACCUGCAAUGGCUCACCACUCGCCUAUCAGCCACAAUGGAGACGUUGUGACCGUUGGCUGGCCUGAUCCAUCGAGUUUGGUCGAAGUGCCUGGCCCAAAGACAGCGCCGCCCGUUCCCACAAAUUAUGCGGAAAAUCCCCAAGGGGGUCAUCGACGUGGAAGAAGCGUCAACGAGAAUUUUGCAGGGAAGAUCCGAUCCAUCACCACAAGAUUGAGGUCGACAAGCCGUGGGAGGAAUACCAAGAGCCCGCCCGCUGAAGCUCAGACACCAAGUCCAUAUGAAAGUGUACCUGUGCAUGUGGACUUUAGUGUGGCUUGA